UUUCAUCGGAAAACCAAAUAUGAGUGCAGUUCAGUGUUGGACCGAGGGUGCGUAGCCAGUUUCCACCGAGCCGCGGUCGCGAUUGCUUAGAAUCUUUCAGUUUUCGGUUUCUGUCCGAGUUUUAAUUUUCCGCUGCGAAAUUAGCAUAACCGGUUCAAUUCUCUCUCACAGCAGCAGUACGGCGGGGCGACUUGAUUGCAUUUAAUAUUUUUAUGGCAUAUCAUCAUCGACAGUAAAUGAACUCCUCGAUUGAACGAACAAACGCAAGACCCCGAUCGGAGUAAGUGUGCAAAGUGAAACCGAUACUUAAGUGUGCAAGAUAUUCAAGAAAAUAUCAGCAACGGAGUGAAAACUUCGGGUAAGAAUUGCAGAAAUCCUACCGAAGAAGACCUUUGGGAAGAGGAACGAGAAGAAGAAGAAGAAGAAGAAGAAUAAGGAACGAAAACAGUGUUGUUGCGCGAGAACGGGAAUAGCACUAUCAGCAGGUCAGUGAUGUAGUGGAGGCAGCUAUCCAGGGCAGCUAAAAAAUGUGAUCGUGAGUGUAGUGUUUUGGGUGGAAGAAAAAUCGAUCGAAAAUCAAAACCCAGUGCCUACUGCGAGCAUUCUCUAUUUCUACGUCAAGUGAAACAACCGGUGAUAAGUGCUUUCCGUAACCAUGGAGAAGGUGAAAGCUCACCGAAAACGAUCUUCCGAGAGUAAACGGGAGAAUCUCCCGACGCCACCACCAGAUCCGACGUUGGGACUCAGUUCCGGUACUGCAAUGCCUUCCCCUACUAGUGCGGAAAGUUCACAAGAACCAUUCGCGUACAGUAGCUUAGAGAGCGAUCCCUUCAAGCGCCUUUUUACGUACAAUGAGCGCGAAAGCCAUUUUCUGAAGCUCCUAUGUGAUAGUGAAACUAAUUCUAGUCUAAACAGGAUACUGCAUUCUCCGGUUGGUAGUGGCGGGGAAGGAGAUUCCAAUGCGGGACCACCACCAACACCACCACCACCACUACCACCACAGCCACCACUCAAGAUCGAAGGGACCGAAACGGCUUUCGAUUCACCAAAUGAUUUCCUCAUGCUACUGAGCCGUACGGGACCUUCCGUAGCAGCGGCACUUUCCACCAAAGGAGCCCUCGAUCAACUCGAUCGGCUACACGAUCUCAUCAAGCAACUACUGAUGCUACAGGAGCAGAACAUGCGAAUGCACUGGCAACUGAAGAAUGUCGAAACGCUGCGAAAGCUGAAGCUGAUGCAAAAUUCGAUGAACAAAGACCCAGAAGCAUUUUUGGUUACUGCACAACAGGAUGACAAUUCUGAUACUGACCUGCUGGAUAACGAAAUCGAACAAAACCUGGCUUUGUUGGAGACGAUUCUGGCGGCUGGGAACACUGCCAGCAGUAAACGCAGUAGUUCGAAAAGAGAACGCAGCAAAUCCGUCAUCAACGAAGAGAUCUCGGGCUUCUACCAAAGCAGCAUGAGCAGCAACCAAAGUGGCCGAAAUUAUCCACUGCGACGGCAGAGCGCCAUUUCCGACUUCAAGCCGAAGGUUUCCAAGUGGACCAAAGUGAAGGCGGCCUUCAAGUGGGAGAAGACCAGUGCGCUGCCCGCGAAUGAGAUCAAAACCUCCGAGGCGACGAUGGUUCCGGUGAACAACGAAGUGGCACGCUACCUUCGGGUACCGUCAGUUCCGUGUGUGGGCAGUUCUGGCGAUUCGGUGUUUAGUUCGUCGUCGGGGAUCGUCGUCAGCGGUGGUUCCGCACCGGGAACCCCCGGGGAAAACAGUUUAGCCAGUUCCGCCGAGGACCUCGCCGAUAUGAUGGACGAAGCUCGAACAACGAAACGUGACUCGGUGAAGAGCACCGAACGUCCACGAACCUACGAAGAGGAAGCUCGGCGAAGCAAAUCAUUGGACGGAGAUGCAAUUCUGGAUCCCAUUCGGCAGAUGGACAAGAACAAAAACAAAUCAGCCUGGAGUAAGGUGAAGGGGAUCGUCAAGAACCAUCGGGGAUCUCUCAAGUCAAAUGACUCCCAACGACGGAGUACCAAAUCGUCCAACAGCGUCGGCUGUAGCCGCGAAGCCAGCCCGUGCGAAUCGAUGGAUGCCUGUGAACUUCAACGGGACCGUUCGGAUUCGUUCUCGUCGAACCAAACGUCCCCUAGCCAUAGGAACACUACUCCCACCUUCCUGGCACUGCCUUCCGGAGAUAACAACAGUUGCCCGAACUCACCCUGCGGGUCACUACCGGCCACAUUUUCCAGUGAUGAUAACGAAUGGAAGCCUGAGUGCAAGCUGGGCCGAAGUGGUAGUGGCGAUCGUGGAGUUCCACCACUCAAGGACACCGGCGGAAGUCGGGGCUCUCGGAAAAGCAAACAUAUACCUGAGAUUGAAUCCGUACCUGAAGGAGUCCCGAUUGAUCCGAAGCACACCGUCAGAACCCGGAAAUCUCCUCCGAAGCCGUUGAGUCUGCGGCAGGAAUCGUUGGAUGUUGAAGCAUCCGCAGACCUGUCACUGUCUUCACCGGGAUCUCAAAAAGACAGUUCCAAAUACUCACCAAAGCGAAAGAGCUACGGUGGUGACGAGACUUCGGCUCCUGAAAGUCCCUGCAAGCCGUACGAAUUCUUCGAAGGUGAACUGGAGGAUUUUUCAAGCGAAGAAAUCUCCGACCAAAACACACCUCACCGACGGGCGUCACCGAAAACCAAGAACCUUCUUCGGCAGAGAGAAGAGAUCGAGCGACGCUACAUGGACCUGCAGAAGAAACUUCAACGGGAGUUCGAUGCCAAACAGCAGGAAUGGGAACGACUACGACCUGCGACCCUGUUGCUUACCAACAGUCCAAUUUUCCUUCUAGUAAAUCAGUUUUUUAAAGACGAUGCUCCGGCCAGUCCAAAGCGAGAACAGCCGUCCCAGACAGUGGUAGAGGAAAACCUUUCGCCGGACUUUAAGAAAAAGUUGGAUGAGUGGCGAAUCAAGGUAAGACUAGAGCUAGUCCCUUCAGCGUUUCAAAACAUUCAAGGGAUCUUUCAACAGCACCAGCCGCCAUCGAAGAAAGAACCCCAACCAAGUACGUCGAAAGAUUCUCCUACGGACCCCAAGAAGAAACCGGUAACGGAUUGGCAGCUAUGGAAAACGGGACAGGUCAAGCUGGAAGGACAAGGCUUAACGCAGCUGCCGAAUGCAAAGGACUUGCCAGAGGACUUCCAGAAAAAGCUCUCUGAAUGGAAGCAGAUGAAGGCAGCGAAUAAGGUUCCUUCCUACACUACCCCGUGUUCAACGGCAAGCGAGCUGUCAGUGAAGCGGCAGCAAAGCAAGCAUAUGACCGGAGCGACGGCCAAGAAACCGAGAGCCACCGAAUGCGAUCACAAGGGUGAACACAAGGGCGAAGGGCUGUCCAAGCUAAAGGCUCUGGUCAGUACAGAUCCUCCGAAGAAAGAACUGGUCGUCCAGACGACGAAGGGAUUCAUCAAGUUCGAAGGUAUUUCGAGGAAGUUCACCCGGCGGUUGUUCGAGUGGGAAAAGGCGAAGGGAAUCGGCCCGGAGGCAUCGACGAUUGCUCUGCUCCAUCCCGGUUACGCCCCGGUAGUCGUCGAGAAUGCUGGCGAUGUUUUCGAAGUGAAACGAGAAAAAUCACCCGGUCUCGGUCGAUCCCUGUCGAUGGAUAGCAUUUCGCCAAACCCCUCGGCACCGUCGAUCUCGCAUCAACCGUCCAGCUUGUCGUUGAACGAUGCCGACGAACUGAAGGAGAGUCAGGAGAAGGAUGCGGCCUCCAAUCGACGGGUUUCCUCCAAUCCAGAGCUGGAGCUGUCCGUUGAUCGGGAGGAGCCCCGUGCCGUUUUGGUUGAAGUCGAGGAGGACAUUCACGAAGUGGCCGAUCCACUAGCGGUAGGUCCGAAGGUAGACUCAGCCGGCAGUCAGAGUAAAACAGAGCCUGACCGCACUUCGCGACCAUCGAGCAACAGCAGCACACUUCUGAAAGACUCUACCAAGUUACUGAUCCGGCUACGCGAACAAGACUCCGUCGAUCGGGACGAGGUACGUCGAUUAAAGAUCGUCCUCCGUGCGCUGAUAGCUACCCUUCCGGAAUUUGUGGAAACCGGUUCCCGUGAUAGUAUUGCAUUUUUCGCGUGCAUGAAGGAUCUUGCCCAGGAAACGCUACAAUAUCUGUAUCGCUUCGAGGAUGGUUCCCUGAAGUCCGCUCCGGAAAUUCUGGAAAAUGUUCAAUCGAUAAAUUCUCAUGUUGGCGAUCUGAAAAAAUCCCUGCAUUCCUACAUGAAGUAUGCUUCGGCAGCGGUACGAAAUGAAGAGGACAUCCCGAAGAUCAGUAUUACACCGGCCAUCGGAGCACAGGCCACCAGUUCUAUACAGAAAUCAAACGACAGUCUUCGAAACAUGGCCACCAUCAACGUAACGCCAACGUUCGUGUGUAGCGCUGUCCGGGUUAACAAAAUCGACACCAACAGAACACAAACCAGACACUUUCCCAUAAGUUCAGAAUCGGAUCCAGUCCCACCGACGUCGUCGCAUUCACCGGGCUCCUCCACGCAGAUCGAAGGAAGUCUUGCCGAAGACCGAGCGCAAGAUCGGGACAACAGGAAGGUCGCUCGCAAUUUGAGUAACGGUUCCCGGAAGAAAACCCGAAUCAAGCGAAUGGGUUCCAGACAGAACAGCAAAACAGAAAGCGACAGCGAUGAUAGUCCACCGAACUACGUCCUGGAGGUACCCCGUAAGACAAAACGCAAAACAAGCAGAGCUAAGAAGCCUUCCGAUUCGAUGGAAAAACUGCCGGCGGUUCAUCCGCAAGUGGAAGACGUGGUUUUCGUUUUGAAAAUCAAACCGGGGCAGAAGGCAGAACAACAGGAGAAACCCCCCGUAGCAGCAUCGACAUCCGUCAGCGUCACCGAAGAGGUUCUGAUAUCUCCCACCGAGACUUGCGUGGAACUGCUCGAGAACCAAGGCAGUUCAAGUUCGAUCAACAACUGCACAGCGAACGUUCUGGUCAAAACGAAGCGAAGGAUCUUCACCACCGUGGAAGGUGAGUCGUCAACCAAAAACACAGCUUCCGUAGUUGUAAGUCGCGACGUGGAAUCGUCCAGCACUUCGGAUCGAAAUGACCCAUCGGAACUAGCAAAAGUCGAUCAGAAGAUCAUCACGAAUCUACCACCACUUCCACAGUCUCCAAGCACCCAGCGGCGGAUGGACAAGAGCGCUCCGACGAAGGAACUUUCACCCAAUAUUCGAUUGAUGAUUGCCAAGUACAACCAGCGUCUGUCGUCGGAACGUAGUGCAAAUUCGCCGCUCAGUUCCGGUUCCUGUUCACCGGUAGCGUGGAGGUCUCCGGUGUUGGACCGCCGAGUACGAAAACAAACGGAAAAGUACCAGGAGAGUAUCCAGCUGUCUAAAUCGGCCAGCGCAGGAAGUUUACGCAAGUCGUUGAGGCAGCUGGAGGCAGCUCAGAAAGCGCAUCAUGGACCGGAAGGAGACGAGGAGGAAGAGAGUGGAGCGAUUGCUUCUGUAAAAGUUGUAAAGUCGUCCAGCACGGGAAUGAUCGACAGCGGUCGCAAAGGGGGCAAUACGGGCAAGGCAGAAGAUGAAGGAGCUGAUCAUAGUGAUUCGCCAAAAAUGUCCUUUUUGGCUUACGAUAGCCUGAAGCGAAAGGAUACGUUGUCACGUAUCGAAAGAAGGGAAGCGGAGGAUUCCGGGUCGGGUGGCGGUCGAACGGACACGCUAAGGAAAGAACGGUUGUAUAAAAAGCGAACAGAGUCACCACAGGGAGCUGGAAAAGCAGGCGCUAGGAAGGUCCCUAGGGAGAAGUACACGAGGUGUCGAUCGGUACCGGGAGAGGAGAUGGUAAGCGAUCGUUGCCAAGAGGAGAAAAGCUUGAGGAGAGUUGAUGGUAAACCGCCGAGUCCUCGGUUGACAGUGCGGCGGAAAUUUACAGAUCAGGACUCUCCGCGAUCGGCGCCGACAACGCCGAUGGAAGAGGACAAGGGAAUGGUGCAAAUGAGCCAGCGAGCGUUGAAGCUGAAGAAAGCCAAAGAGGAGUUUUUACAGAGUUCAUCAGCAGCGGCCCGGGUAGACCAACGGCAACAGGUAUGGAACAAUCGAAUCAGUCAAAUUAGUAUGACAAGUGCAAACAGUGCAGACGACAACGCACUGCUAAUGAAAAGUGCCAGUGCCGGGGUAAUCAACAGUAGAACGGCGGAUGGAGAAGACAGCCAACAGGAGAGUCUGUACGAAUCACUGCCAAGAAGUGUGCUGAGCGCAUCGGGGGUUGUAGCCGACGAUGAAACAUCGUCAAGGAACACAAGUGUUCAAAGCAGUCGAUUCGGGUUGUCCAAUUUGGCUUCGAAAUUGAGAAAGGUUAAGCUGAGGAGGAGCAGCAAGGAUCUCAGCAAAAAGCCGGCCAUUUCACGACUGUGUCGACAGAGCCUGAUGGUCGAUAUCAGCGGAGAAGCGGUCAAGAUGGGGAGCGCGCAGAAUCUCGGACAGACCUCCAGUGAUGGUGGCGGCGGAGGUGGUGGAGAGUCCCUAAAGAAGUCAGGCAGUGUGCAAGCGAUCUGCAAUCGGUUUCGUAAGAGCAACGAACGAAGUGAUGAACUCAAAAAGAGUAGAAGUUUAGGAUUCUUGGAACCGGAUCGAAAAGGAUCCCAGUGAAGGCUUUUCUGUAAGUGUUUAAACCAUGUUUACAAUAUAGUAUUACAACAGCGACGGAGCAAUCUCAAACCUAUUGAUAAGCGAUUUUCGAUGUAAAUGUACCAAGUACAACAAGAGGAUGUAGGAAAAGUGUAAUUUUCAUGAGCAAUUCAAUCGCACACUGAUGCAAAGUGCCGUGCCAAAGAUUCGUAAGAUGCUGUACACAUCUGCUGUCGUAGAUUUAUAGAACUGAAUAAAGUCAGAGAAUUCGAUAAAA